AUGGCUAUGCCGGUAACCGUGAACGAGAUACCGGCUACCGCUGAUGUUGAAGAUAUUUUGAACAGUGAAGUUAAAUGUACAAUUUGUAACGAUGAUCUUUUACAUGAAAUUAUUUCAAAGAAAAUGAUAAUGGUUAAUCGAAGUCAUCUAUUUUUAUGUUGCUACAGCUGUUUUUACAAACUUUGUGAAGGAAAUAAGUUUAGUUGUAUCUUGUGCAAUUCCAACAAAGAUCUAUCUAAUUGUACAAAAUGCAAUCUUAAUGUUUGUAAUCGUUGUGUUCAAAAUCAAAAAAUUGAUAAAUCAUCUAUUGGUGUUUUAAACAAAUGCUUCAAUUGUGCCCCAAAAAUGUUGUGGGAAAAAAGAGGUCAAGCUGCUAAUGUAUUAAAAGUAUUUUCUUCUCAACUAUGUCUACCUAACGGCUUAUUAGUAAAUGAAACAAAUCAUGAACAAGCUGUUCGAAAAUACUUGGUAAAAGAAGCUAAAGUUGGGAAAAGAUCUGUAAUAGAUAAUAUUAAAAACAACCUGUGCAUUAAUUUCAUGUUAAAAUCAUAUAAGUCGUCUAUAUCAAAUGAACUAUCAACAUUGUCUUCUACUGAUCAUAAUCCAAUUGAUAAACGUUUAAAUGAAUUCAUCAGCGUUUGUGAGCAUGUUUUAGAAAAUACUUGUUCUACUUUAACCGAUUUUAAAAGAAUAUUUAAUAUUGAUUCACAUUUGAGUCCUGGUGUUUCUGCUAUAAUGAAAUCUUUAUUGAAGCCUGUUGAUGAAGAAGAAAACGUUUUAGUAGAUAAUUCAAUAUUAAAUGGAAAUUUAAGUAAAGAAACAAAUGACAAUUCAGUCAAUCCAUCAUUAAACAAAUCUAACAAACGUACUACAAGAAGCUUAAAAUCAGAAAAAAAACAAAAAAAAGAUAAUGCUAUUUUAAACUCAACAAUAUCUUCCUCAAGUUUACAACCAACGUUGUUAUCUCCAAAUGUGCCACUAACAGUUGACCUCAUGAAUAAAAAUGUAUCUGUUGUCUUAGAACGGUUGGAUGAUUCUAUAAUAUCAAGAAUAAUUAAAAAUAAAUCUUCUAAUAAAGGUCAUCUCAAUUUGGAAAAAGAUGAAACAGCUCAUCCUUUAAAUUUAUUUGAUAAUAAUAGUAGUGAUGAUGAUAGCGAGGAUAGAAUAAAAUUGAGAAAUCGUACUCUUAUAAAAACUAAUAAGAUAUAUGCUAACCAGCUAACUGCUAAACAAAAAACCCAACCCAAAAAUCAAAAGAAACUUGAUGAAAAAUCUGAAGAUGAAAAAGAAAAUGACAGGCUGACUAAUUUAAAUGGCAUUGAAAAAUGUUCUAAAAAAAAAGUUGCACCUGAUAAUGAAGAUAAUUCUGAUGAUACUGAUAUCACACUAGCUAAAAAUACAAGUUUCAAAGUAACCCCAAAAAAAUUAAAAAAUGAAGUAAAUAAGUUGGAAAACAUUAAUCAAAUCCUUUCAACAAUUGAUGGGACCGACUCUGAUACUGAUAAUGAUUCUCCAAAUGAAGAAAAUUCUCUAGAAUCAGUAAAAGGUAUUUUUACUGAAAUCAAAAAUUCUGUAGAAAUACCUCAGAUUAUCACUGAAGACAACAAUGUUGAUGAAAGUGAUAAUAGCUGUAUUGAAGAUGUGAUAAAUGCAUGCUUAACUGCUUGUAAAAGACGUAGUAUUGAUCAUUACAAAAAGUCUCAAUCGGAGAUUAAUAAUAUGGAUUCUAUGUUUGAAUCUGAUCAAUCAGAAAACAAAGACAUUUCUGAUUUGAUAGAUAUAUCAGAUAUACAUAAUAAUACUACUAUUGUUACUCGUUCAAGACAACUAUCUCCACUUAAAAUAUCAUCAACAAGUGAUAGUGAUAGCGAUUUUAAUUUUAAAGGCAAAACAAAAACAAAAGGAACAAAAAGGAAGCUCUUAGAAUCUAACUCGUCUAAAGAUUCAGAUUCUUCAUCAAAGUUUUUCAAAAAAACACCAAAAAAAAGAACCAAAAAUGAUAUUGAUAAAACUAGCUAUUUUGACUUGACUAGUAGCAACAGCAGCAGCAGUUCAAAUGAGGAUUCAUCUCCUAUACUUGUUAAAAAACGUAGAAGAAUAAGGCAAGUAUCUAAUGAAGAUUCUGAAGAAGCAAGUGAUUCUGAUAACAGUGAUGCAUCACAUAAUCAUCAUUUACCAAAAAAAGGACGAAAAAAUAUUCGUAAAAUGAAAAAAAAAGAUGAACUGAGCGAAGUAACCCAAAAUGCUUUAAAAGAAGAAGUAAUACGUAUGAAGCGUAUUGAAAAACGUCAAAAAGAGUACAAUAAAUUAUGUAAUCUCCCAGCACCAAUGGAAUCAUGUAAAAAAUUGGUAUUAGAUUUUGAUGUAAAUACAUUGGAAGAACUUGUUAUAGUUCAUCCAGAUCUUGUUAAAUUUCUCAAACCUCAUCAGGUGGAAGGAAUAAAAUUUUUGUGGAAUUCUGUAUUUGAAUCGCUGGCACGAAUAAAAGAACAUAAAGGAAAUGGAUCAAUCUUAGCUCAUUGUAUGGGUCUAGGUAAAACUCUACAAAUUAUAGCUUUGGUUCAUACAUUAUUUAGAUACCCAGAGACUGGCAUUAAAACAGUAUUAGUUAUUACUCCUAAUGCAACCAUUGAAAAUUGGUGUAAGGAGUUUCAUAAAUGGUUACAAGAUAUUGAUGAAGAAAAAAAUUUUUUGGUACUUAACUUUACUGAUUCAAAAACAUAUGAAGGUCGAAAGAACAUUGUAGAUGAAUGGAAGAGAGACCAUGGUGUAUUAGUUACAAGCUAUCAAUUGUUUAGAUCAGUUGUCAAUUAUAAGAAUAUUGACAAGUUCCCUACUAUCUCUGAAGGUCUUGUUGAUCCAGGACCAGAUUUGGUCAUAUGUGAUGAAGGACAUAUAUUAAAAAAUCAUAGCACUGCAAUAUCUAAAUCAGUUAAUCGUAUUAAAACACUUCGAAGAAUUGUCUUAACUGGAACACCAUUACAAAAUAAUUUAAGAGAAUAUCAUUGUAUGGUUGAUUUUAUCCGACCAAAUUUAUUAGGAUCAAUAAAAGAUUUUACUAACCGUUUUAUAAAUCCAAUUACUAAUGGACAAUACUCUGAUUCAAAUGUAAGAGAUGUAAAAAUUAUGAAGCGAAGAUCUCAUGUCUUACAUAGAAUGCUUGAAGGAUUUGUACAGAGAUUUGACUAUAGUGUUCUUACCCCUUUCUUACCUACUAAGCAUGAAUAUGUAAUUUAUUUGAAGAUGGCUGAUAAACAAAUAGAACUAUACCAGAAAUAUUUGAAUGAAUACAGACAAUCAGAAUUAUUUAGUAAUUACCAUAUGCUUCAAAUGGUUUGGACCCAUCCUAAACUGUUAGCGUUAUACUUAAAACGAAUAGAAUCAAAACAAGAAAAACAAAAAUUGAAGGUUGCAGAAUCACGUUUUGUAGCUGGUGACAGUAGUGAUGUUGAUGAUAAUUCAAAUUCUGUUGAUGAAGUUGAAAGGAUGCCAGUUCCAGGUUUUGACUUGCCAAACGAUAAGAACACAGAUAAGCAUUACACUGACUGGUGGAAACCAUUAGUAUCAAGAGCUGAAAUGGAAUCGGUGUACCCGUAUUCCAAGUUCAUAAUGAUGUUUUCAAUACUUCAAGAAUGUGAAGACAUUGGUGAUAAAGUGUUAUUGUUCAGUCAGUCAUUAUUAACUCUUGAUCUCAUUCAAGAUUUUUUGGAAAAUGCUGAAGAUAUAGAUGAUGAUGGAGGUCCUUAUGGUAAAUCAUGGACCCAUGGUGUAGAUUUUUAUAGAAUUGAUGGUUCAGCUAAUUCAAGAACAAGAGAAGAUUUUUGUGAACGAUUUAAUGAUAUAACAAAUACUAAAAUGCGUCUUUUAUUAUUGUCGACAAAAGCUUUUAAUUUAGGUAUUAAUCUAAUUGGUGCUAAUCGAGUUAUUAUUUUUGACGUGACAUGGAAUCCAUCUCUUAAUGUUCAGAGUAUAUUUCGUGUGUUUAGAUUUGGACAAAAAAAACCAUGUUACAUUUAUAGAUUAAUUUCUGAGGGUACAAUGGAGCAAAAAAUAUACGAACGUCAAAUAUCAAAAUUAUCUACAGCUUUCCGUGUAGUUGAUGAACAUCAAAUUGAUCGUCAUUUUAAUUUGAAAUGUCAGGAAGAACUUUAUGAAUUUGAGCCAAAUACUACUAAACCGAAAUCAACUUUAAAUUUACCUAAGGACCGUUUAAUGGCUGAGUUAAUAUUGAAACACAAAGAUCUUGUAAUGGACAUAUUAGAACAUGACUCAUUAUUACAAAAUAAUGAAGCGGAAGAAUUAGAUGAAAAUGACAGAAAUGCAGCAUGGGAAGAUUAUCAAAAAGAAAGAGAUGGAAUUCAUACUAAAGAUGUAGAUUCAAUUUUAAUUCAGAACUUAAAUUUAGGUUCUUUGCCAGCCUACAGGUCAAAUGAUGAUUUAUCAUUAUUCAAUACCUUAAGAGAAUUUUUUCCUCAAGCUUCAAUGAUGCAACUCAAUGAUAUGUUAAAACAAGUAAAAGAUGCCCAAAAUAUUGAACAAUGAAAUAUAACAAUAACUAUUUUUUUUUUGUUAUACUAAGAAUAAGUAUAAAUUUACUCAUAAAACUAUAUAUUAAUUUGAUUGUAUAUUAUACACACUAUUUGUGAUUUCUAUAAUA